UAGUAAGAAGCCACAACGCACGCAAAGAACGGGGUGCGGUGUAAAAUAAGAAGCACUUAUUCUUCCUCUUCUUCCGCGAUUGUUCGAGAAAACUCUUUUAACUAAAACGCAGAGAGAGAGAGAGAAACAGAAGAGAGCCAUGGCGUCGUUUUUGCAAUCGUUUAUCGAUCCCAGGAAGAACUGGUUCGCCGCUCAGCACAUGAAAUCCCUCUCCAAACGCCUUCGCAAAUACGGGCUCCGAUACGACGAUUUGUACGAUCCUUACUACGAUCUCGAUGUGAAGGAGGCGCUGAAUCGGCUUCCCAAGGAGGUUGUGGACGCGCGCCACGCGCGUCUCAAACGCGCUAUUGACCUUUCCAUGAAGCACGAGUACCUCCCUGAUAAUCUUCAGGCAAUGCAAACACCAUUCAGGGGCUACCUUCAGGAAAUGCUGGCUCUUGUGAAGAGGGAGAGAGCAGAACGUGAAGCAUUGGGAGGUUUGCCCCUAUACCAACGAUCCAUUCCUUGAGAGCAAAUUAUGUAUUGCAUGAAGGUAUUUUGAUCGGAGUGGGACGUUUAAAUUGUAUUGAUGUUGUCGUAGGAUGUUUGCUUUCGAGAAGAAAAGAUGGACGGCUUCUUUGUUAUGAACUUAUAUGAAAUGCAUUUUUUAAUGGUAUAAACUUGCCUCGGGCAUUUUCUAAUAAAUGGCAACAAUAUACUCGUGUGCCUUGAAAUUUAUA